AUAUCUACAGUUGGCCAAGACAAAAUGAGGAUUUCAUGGAUUACUCAAGCCUCAACUGAGCCAAUAGUACUAUUUACAGAAAUUGCUGGGCUAUAUCAGAAUGCCUCACUUGGGACUUCAUCUUCAUACAAAUACAUGACGUACAAGUCUGAUAAUAUUCAUGAAGCAGUAAUUGGUCCAUUAAAACCUAAUACGGUUUACUUCUACGUUUGUGGCAAAAAUUCCAGCAAAGUGUACACUUUAAGAACUCCCCCAGCUCAACUCCCAAUUAGAUUUGCUGUUGUAGGUGAUCUUGGACAGACAAAUUGGACCAACUCAACCCUCCAACACAUAGCAAAAUCGAACUACGACAUGCUGCUAUUGCCAGGGGACUUAGCCUAUGCCGAUUUCUUACAGUAUCUUUGGGACUCAUUUGGAAAGCUUGUGAAGCCACUAGCUAGCAAGUGGCCUUGGAUGGUGACCCAAGGCAACCACGAAAUUGAGAAGUUCCCAUUGCUUCACAAAGAAAAAUUCACAGCCUAUAAUGCAAGAUGGCGCAUGCCAUUCGAAGAGAGUGGCUCAAACUCAAACCUAUACUAUUCUUUUAAUGUAGCUGAGGUACAUGUUAUCAUGUUGGGUUCAUACACAGACUUUGAUAAUACUUCUGCACAAUAUCAAUGGUUACAGGUAGACUUGCAGAAAGUUGAUAGGAAGAUAACUCCAUGGACUGUAGUGCUUAUUCAUGCACCAUGGUACAAUUCCAAUACUGCUCAUCAAGGAGAGAAAGAGUCGGAUGACAUGAAGAAAUCCAUGGAAGCGUUAAUUUUUCUAGCUGACGUAGAUAUUGUUUUUGCUGGACAUGUACAUGCCUAUGAGCGCUUUACUCGCGUUUACGAUGGGAACCAGAACAAUUGUGCUCCAGUUUAUAUCAACAUUGGGGAUGGUGGAAAUCGUGACGGCCUUGACACCACGUAUCAAGAUCCAAAGCCCAGUAUAUCCGUUUUUAGGGAGGCAAGCUUUGGGCAUGGGGAACUCAACGUGGUUAACGCAGCCCAUGCGCUUUGGACAUGGCACAGAAAUCAAGAUGAUAAGCCAAUUGUUAGUGACUCGGUUUGGUUGAGAAGCCAUUCAUCUAACGAGUCCAAAUCUUCUGGAAACACCAGUAACUUCACCAAACCUUCUCGGUCAUCUUUUGACAGCAAAACUUGGUCUAGUGAACUAUUGAUUGAGGGAGAUCAUGGUAGGCUUGCAGCUUUUCACAUUGAAUCCAAACUGUUUGAGGUUGUGAUGGAUGAAAGGAGGUGGUGGUUGAAAAAGGACGGUCAUCAUCCUGGAAGGCGAUAUAGGGAGUUGAAGAAUUUAAUCUACUCAAUGAAUUAUGAGGAAAACCAAGGAGGCAUAUGGAUGUUGUGGGACACAAGGAUAGUUGUUAAGAUUGAUGAAUUCGUUGACAAAGACAAUCUGAUUGUGCAGGAAUUAGUUGGGGGGCCCUUGGUAUAUAGGAGUCUCAAGGAUGAUUUGCAACUGGAUACACUGGACAAUGUGAAAAAUAUGAUAGCUGUGGAAGAAGUUGGAUUUGAUGUCCCCCAAAAGAAUGGUGCCAUGAGAUAUUCAAAUCAUUAUCUGUUUUGUUCAGCUGUAUUAGGACUUUUCUCCCUCCUCUUUGUCUUUGGUUGGGACAUUAGGAUCUUUGUAAUCUCAGUAAUUUCAGAAUUCCCCCUUUCAUAUUUUACUGAUUCCAUUACCAUAUCUGGUUUUAUCCAUAUGGUCUCAACUCUCAAGGAUGAUUUGCAACUGGAUAUACUGGACAAUGUGAAAAAUGUGAUAGCUGUGGAAGAAGUUGGAUUUGAUGUCCCCCAAAAAUGA